AUGGCCAUGUUGUGCGGUGUAGGGGAGGGGGGAAGGUGCAGAGUGAGUGCAAACUGCCCCAGCCAUCCAUCCAACGAGGCAUCUAUAUCUUCGUCUGUGAGUGUCUCCAGUGCUACCAACGCCUCCAGGCCAUCCCCAUUCAUCAAUACAUCCCCUGCCUCAUCUUUCUCCGUUGGUACCCUACUAGCACCUGGCGUACCAGUACUUGUACCUGUCAGUACCGUACCAAUUCAUGAUGGUAUCGUACCAAUGCUCAUCGUACCAGUUCCUACUGGUACCGUACCAUUUCUUGUCAUACCAGUUCCUACUGGUACCAUACCAAUUCUUGUUGUACUAGUUCCUAUUGAUACCAUACUAGUACAUGUUGGAAUCGUACCAGUACCUAUUGCUAUCGUACCAGUUCUUGUUGUACCAGUACCUGCUGGAGCCAUACCAGUACCUGUUGGAACUGUACCAGUACAUGUUGGAGAAGUACCAGUACAUGUUGAUGUUGUACAAGUACCUGUUGGAGUCGUACAAAUACUUGUUGGAGUCAUACCAGUACAUGUUGGAAUCGUACAAGUACCUACUGACACUGUACUAGUACCUAUUGGUACCAUACCAGUACCUGAUGAUGUUGUACCAGUACCUACUGACACUGUACUAGUACCAGUUGGUACCAUACUAGUACCUAAUGAUGUUGUACCAGUACUUGUUGGUACCGUUCCAAUGCCUACCGUACCAAUUCCCUGCUUGGCCGUUGUGUCUUUUCCUAGUACAACCUCCCCUACCACUGUUUGGUCUAUCGUACUGGUACCCUCUGUGGCUGUUGCAAGUACAGCCAAGCUGAUUUGUGGUAAUGAUACCCGCCGCUAUGUUGGUGGUUCCUCUUAA